AUGAAGCGCACACCUGUUAGGGUGCUGAAUGCCACGGUGGCCUUUCUCCAAGGGUGGGGGGGUGGCUCUUCUGGUGGGGGAUGGGGAUCCGACGAUGGCCCAGGCAAUGGUAGCGGUGGCGGUGGCAGCGGUGGAAGAGGCGGCUGGGGCUCUGGUGGAGGAGGCGGCGGUGGGUGGGGCUCUGGCGGAGGUGGCAACGGCGGCUGGGGCUCUGGUGGAGGAGGCGGCGGUGGCUGGGGCUCUGGUGGAGGAGGCCGUGGCUCUGGUGGGGGCAGCAACGGCGGCUGGGGCUCUGGUCGGGGUGGAAGUGCUCAUGGUUUCAGUAACCCGUGGAACGACGGCGAUGCCGGGUGGCGCGGUGCAGCUACCGGUGCUCGGGCAAACCGUGGUCGUGGUGGUUUCCGACGCGGUCGUGGUGGUGCGGAUGAUGGCGUCUGGGGCCAACCAAACGUGGUCGACGAGGAGGCAUGGACUGCUGCCCCCCCUAGCUUCAACCCCCCUGUGCGGCGUGUGGAUCCGUUAACCCUUACCGCGGUGGAGGUGGAGAUUGAUGGCAUUAAGAAAUUGGUGGGUCAGCGUGUGCAGGUGUCUGGACUUUCCGACGAAACUACUUGGCACACACUCAAGGAUCAUUUGCGUCAAGCGGGGGAGGUCACCUUUUGCAAAGUUUUCUCAGGGGGAAGAGCUGUGGUGGAAUUUGUCACCCCGGAAGACGCUGCCCGUGCCAUAACGGAACUGCAGGCGUCCGAGUUGGAGGGCGCCACUCUUUUUCUGCGGGAGGAUAGGGAGGACACCGUAUUAGUGAACACGCGGAGAAAAAUACGUGAGGUCCGGGAUGCACAGCUUCGUGCUCGUAAGGAAGAAAUGGAGAAGAAGCGUCGGGAGCAGGCGAUAGCGGAAGGAGAUUGUAGCGCGCCCGCGCCUCCCGCUGAAGUGGCAGGUGAUGCCAGUCAGAAGGUGUAA